AUAUUUUUUAGUUAUCGCGAUGGCUACUUUGUCUUCUCAAGAAUUUAGAGUUGCUGAAGAUAGUUUUGGUAAAGUUUUAGUCCCUAAAGAAAGUUAUUAUGGAGCCCAAACUGCGAGAUCCUGCAUGAACUUUAACAUUUGCUCAAGAACUGACAAGAUGCCAGUAAUUUAUUUCAAUAGUGUGUAAUUCUUGUAGUCGCAAAUAAUACAUUCUAUGGCAAUGAUAAAAGAAGUGGCAGCGUUAAUAAAUUUUAAAAGUGGCAGGUUAGACAGCAAGUUGUCUGGUGCCAUUGUGCAAGCUUGUCGUGAAAUAUACCAAGGAAAACAUGAUAAAGAAUUUCCUCUCGUUAUUUGGCAAACAGGCUCAGGCACACAAACAAACAUGAAUGUUAAUGAGGUUGUGUCGAACAGGGCAAGUGAGUUAAUCGAAGGGUCUAGGAAUUCAAAGGCCACUGUUCAUCCAAACGACCACGUUAAUCUGGGACAGAGUUCAAACGACAUAUUUCCUACAUGUAUGAACUUGAGCAUUGCAAUAGAAACUUCUUGGAAAGUACUGCCUUCCCUUAACUAUCUCAUCAAAGUCCUUGAAGAAAAAAUGAAUGAAUUCAUGGAUGUCAUCAAAAUUGGACGAACUCAUAUGCAGGAUGCAGUUCCAAUGAGUGUUGGCCAGGAACUAAGCGGAUAUGUCAGCCAAAUUCAACAGGCAGUGAAUUCAAUUAAGUUACAGCUGCCCUUAGUCUGCCAUUUAGCCGUUGGUGGAACCGCAGUAGGAACAGGAUUAAAUUGUUGCAAAGGUUUUGAUGAAGAAUUCUGUAAAAGCCUAACAGAACUAACAAAAACUCGUUACGCCUCAAUGUAUGAAGAAUCUCCACCAGUAGUGGAUCUAAUAUUUAAACCAGCAGAAAACAAAUUUGCUGCACUUGCAGGUCAUGACGCUUUGUUGCAGUUAAGUGGAUGUUUCAAUACUACUGCCACAGCUCUAAUGCGUUUAGCUAAUGAUUUUUGCUUACUCAGUUCUGGACCAAGUUGUGGUCUCAGCGAAUUUAUUUUGCCUGCGAAUGAACCUGGAUCAAGCAUUAUGCCAGGCAAAGUCAACCCAACUCAGUGUGAAUCACUUCGUAUGGUUUGUUUACAAAUAAUGGGUAAUCAUUUCACUGUUUCUAUGGCUGCAUCUCAGGGUCAACUAGAAUUAAAUGUCUACAAGCCUUUGAUAGCUGCAAAACUUUUGCAUACAUGUGAACUUUUAACCGAUUCAACACGCUGUUUUGCUGAUAACUGUGUAAAAGGAUUACGUUUGAAUUUAGAUCAAAUUCAAGAGUAUGUGAAAAAAUCUUUAAUGCUAGUAACAGUUUUAACACCACAUAUUGGUUAUGAUUUAUCAGCUCAACUAGUUAAACAUGCAACAAAAUACAAAAAAGGAUUACGUGAAAGUGCAAUUGACUUAAACUUACUAAGUGGAGAGAAAUUUGAUGAAAUUGUCAAACCUCAUGAAAUGGCAUUUCCAUUUGAUAAAAACUGAUUUAUUCUUAUCUUUCUUAUAAUAUUCUUAUUUUCUUAUUUCUCUAUCAAUUUAUACAAUUUGUCUGAUCUUUUCAAUUUUUUUUAUAUUUUUGAUAGUAGUUCUUUACUUAAAAAACAAAAACAAUGAUGAAAUAACCGAAUUGUAGACACAAAUAGUAUUUGAUCAGUGUAUCAUUUUAUAUUUUAAAAUAACAUUUUGGCUGCUAAUCAUAAAUUCUGAUCUAUAAAAAAACAAUAGAACUCUCAAUAAAAAAGGGAAAAAAUAUGAAUUGAUCUCAUUGGGAUCUUACCUUCUUGGAUAGUUAAAGAGUACAUAUUUUUUUCAAGUUUGACC